ACCGAACAAACUGCUGACUUUACUUUUCUACACUACACCACAGAGAAAAAAGAAUUCCUUAGAAUAAGAUAGAAUUAAAAGAUAGAGUUCCUUCUACUUUGUGACUACACUAAACCGGCUACACAACCUAUCGCUACGAGCUCUCGCACAAUACUGAUUACAGAAAUAUUGAGCAUGAGCAUAUUAUUUUUAAUUAUCUUUAGUAUUGCCAAGUCACUUGGGAUCUUGCCAACAGCCCAAGUUCUAAACAAGAAAAUAUUUAUGAUGAAUGCUUCAUAUUAUUACUUGGAAAAAUGCCAAUCGGAGGAGAAAACUACCAAAGGAAGCCUCUUUUCGGAACAAGAAAUUUCGAUUUGACUCCAACACUUAGCAAUUUAGCAACCGUCUAAGCAUUGCACCUGUACAAUUUGAAAUUAGUUCAGCAAUCAUACUUCUGGUUUUUGACUGGUUUCUGGUUUCAGGCUGCUGAUGCAGCUGCUCUUCGACCAACAUCUGCUUGACAUUCAGACAAGAUGAGCAAUUAACUCGGACCACAAUCCAGUUAUCAAUCAUCAUUCUUCAAUCAUGGUGGCUACAAGCAUGUACCAAGCAGCGCUCUACCUUGUGCUACUACUCAGUGCUAGUGCAUUGGAUCCAAAGUACAGGACACAGGAAUUUCUCACUUCAAGGGAACAUGGACUGGAUACAUCAAACAUCCAUCAUAUGCAACAGUGCCUGCUAACAUCAGGGAUUCCUGCUCUACAUGGUAAUCAGUCAGCAAUCGAUCAAAUGUACAUCGAUAUCAGAGACUGGUACAUGAAUAUGGCUGGGGAACGAGCUGUGGUGGGAUCUCUCUGCAAACGAGUCCACUGUGUAUACAAUCUGCACACCUGUCUUCACCCUACAUUCACAUCGUUGGACUUUCUGGAAGUGGUUGUUGUAAGGUCAGUUGAGGUCUGUGCACCGUACUGUGAAGAACAAGCAUCCAUUGUUAUUACUACUCCAGUGAGUACUGCAAUUGCUACAACAACUCUUGCUGCUAUCAUCACAACUACUCAAGCUAGUACUACAACUCCCGCUAGUACUACUCCAACUAGUACUGCUGCUACUACAACUCCUACCACUGUGCCAGACCCAGUAACAACAUCAGCCUGCAGUGGAGCAAGUAGACAUGCGUGAGUGUGGAGACUGUCUACUAGUAACCAGCAACCAAUGGAUCAUACAACCAUUCCUAAACUUUGGAGAUAAGGACCUGCCUGAACCGUUUGGAAUGGCUCAAAACUUCUUGAAGACAUUGACAUACAUCUUCCACGACGCUGAAGUAUCAAGCUGCUGCACCGAUCUAUGCGAGGGAGCAGUCAUCUUGAAAUUCAUGUUCAGCAGAGGAUUUUGUGAAAUAAGCAAUCGACUAGGAGAUUUGUAUCACUGGAUAGUUCUUGAUAUAUUGGACUGAAAUAUUAUCUUUGUGCACUAUAUAUAUAUUUUCAUGCAUACACUGUAAAUAAACAUCAAGUAAU